AUGUCGCAAAACGCAUCUGCAUUUGCUGGGUUUGUUGGAGGUGGAGUUCAGGUUCUUGUCGGUCAACCAUUCGAUUUAGUGAAAGUCAGAGUUCAAACUGGUCAGUAUAGCUCUCCAGUGGCAGCAUUGGUCGAUACUUUUAAGAAUGAAGGACUACGUGCAUUUUACAAGGGGACUCUUGCGCCUCUGGUAGGUGUUGGCGCAUGCGUCUCAAUUCAGUUUUAUGGAUUUCACGAAGCGAAAAGACAACUACUCAAAGCAAAUCCAUCGCAAAAGGAAUUGAACUUGAAACAGUAUUAUAUCGCUGGAGCUUUUGCAGGUAUUGUUAAUGCUCCGAUAACUGCCCCUGUUGAACAAAUAAGGAUCUUGCUUCAAGUUCAGAAAGAUCAACACAGGUUAUACACCGGUCCUAAAGAUGCUAUUUCAAAGAUUUAUGGUCAAUCAGGUCUUUUCAAAGGCAUCUACAGAGGCAGUUUAAUAACACUUCUGAGGGAGACUCAAGCAUACGGAGUUUGGUUCUUGACGUAUGAGUUUCUGAUUCAAGCUUGCACCCGCAUCCAAAAAAUUGAGCGUAAAGACGUUUCGACAAUCCAACUAUUAUUAUGUGGAGCGGCUGCAGGUGACGCCCUGUGGCUCAGCUCCUACCCAUUGGAUGUUGUCAAAAGUCGACUUCAAAGUGACGGCUUCGGUGAUCAUUCAAAAUACGACGGAUCGACACUUAGAGUUGCCAAGGUAAUCAUAAGAGAAGAAGGGUUUAAAGGGUUUUGGAGAGGAAUCGGACCUACACUUUUGCGUGCCAUUCCUUGCAGCGCGGCCACGUUCACGACAGUGGAAUAUGUGUUAAGAAUAUUAAACUAA